CCUCCUCUUCCUUUAGUGAUUCUCUUGAAUCUUCCGCAGGGAGUAUUCGCCGACUUCACAUUUAUCAUAUUACAGUAUUAACACCGGUUAAUAUUGUUUUUUAAGAGGUUUUGGAGCUUGGAUAUGGCCCCUAAGAGAAAAGCCGCUAAAGCUGUCAGAGCAGGUGGGAAAAAGGUGAAAGAUGAACCCAAGGAUGCCUUCACUUCUACAAAAGAGGCGCUUCUGGCUGCAGGAUCACAGGUCAAAGCCAAAAGGAAGGUGGAUGAGCGCUGUGAACUUUUUUCAUCCGGAGAGAUUCACGAGGACUACGACUGCAUGCUCAACCAAACAAACAUAGGAAACAACAACAACAAGUUUUAUGUCAUCCAAGUUAUUAAAACAGGCAACUCAUACUACUCAUGGAACAGAUGGGGACGAGUGGGGGAAGUGGGACAAUCUAAACUGACUCCAUUUGCUAGACCAGAGUCAGCCUUGAAGGACUUUGAGAGGAAGUUUAAGGACAAGACAAAGAACAACUGGAGUGACCGGAUGAACUUUGUCUCUCAUCCUGGGAAGUACACACUGAUUGAGGUGGACGGAGAGCAGGAUGCUGAGGUCAAGGUAGACACUGUUGAUGGAAAAGUCUCAAAGAAUUUCCUCCCAUGCACUCUUGAUGGCGCAACACAGAAUCUUAUUAAGCUCAUUUUCAGCAACGACAUGUUCAAGGAGGCAAUGAAAUGCAUGAAUUUAGACAUCAAGAAGAUGCCUUUGGGAAAACUCAGUAAGGGUCAAAUAGCAAAAGGCUUUGAAGUUUUGGAGGAGAUUGAAGCUGCUAUGAGCCAAAAAGACGGAAGAGGACGCCUUGAAGAACUCUCAUCAAAGUUCUUCACUGCAAUUCCUCACAACUUUGGCAGAAACAGACCGCCAGCCAUUGACACCAAAGAGAUUGUUGAACAGAAGAAAGAGAUGCUUAUGGUGCUGGCAGACAUUGAGCUGGCCCAGACUCUGAAGUCAGAAACAGAGAAGGCUCAGGAUGAGAUGGUGGAGACGGUUCCUCAUCCUAUUGAUCAAGACUACAUGUCUCUGAAAUGCAAGCUCUCCUUGUUGGCCAAAAAUACAGAAAUGUAUAAGAUCAUCGAGAAAUACAUGAAGUCAACUACAUGUACCUAUAGUAAGCCAAAGAUACUCAAUGUUUGGGAAGUGGACCGAGAGAAAGAGGGAGAACGCUUCAGUGAGAAUGACAGUCUAGAGAACCGUCGCCUGCUGUGGCAUGGGACAAACAUAGCGGUGGUGGCAGCUAUCCUGAAGAGUGGUCUCAGGAUCAUGCCCCAUUCAGGGGGCCGUGUUGGCAGCGGGAUCUAUUUUGCCUCUGAAAACGCAAAAUCUAUAGGUUAUGUGCGUCCCUCAAACAACACUGGAGUGAUGUUUCUGAGUGAGGUAGCUCUUGGCAAGGAGUUCACCAUUACCAGAGAUGACUGUACCUUGAAGAAGGCUCCUGCCGGUUAUCACAGUGUGGUAGCACGAGGCCUUCUGGAACCAGACCCGUCUCAGGACACCGUCAUCACUCUUGAGGGCAAGAAGGUUACUGUUCCUCAGGGAAAAGCCAUCGAACAGCCCCAAUACGCCAACAGCAGCUUUAGCAACAGUGAAUACCUGAUCUACAAAGAGAGCCAGUGUCGCCUUCGCUACCUGCUUGAGAUAGAAAUGCGUUAACAGUUUCAGUAUAAAAAAGAAACAAGGCUGUGCAGGUCAUCAGAGCAUAGCUAAUCCUACCUUGUUGCAUAAGCGCCUCUUUCUGUUUGUGCCUUAUAAUUGCAUGAAUGACCCAUAGAAUGUACUUUGGCUUUGCACAUUAUUAGUAAAUGAUGAUAAUCUUACUGAUAGUAAUAAUAUAUUAUUCUAUACUGCAUAAAAGGUGUUUGUUUUAAUGCAUUGGUAAUUUUGAGUUGACUAUGCUUACAUGUUGAAAGGGUUUAUUGGCACUCUAGGGGUUUUGAAGGACUUAACUUAACACAAGAAGGUACGUGCUUAGCCUUUGGAAAAUUAUUAUUUUGCUGCGAAAGCAGAGUAGAUGGAGGUAUGUGCAAUAUCUGCCUUGCUGUUAGUCAUAGGGUUAACUGACAGAGAGGAUAAAAAAAUAAUGAAGCUUUUGUUUGGAACAUUUUCUUUGAGAUUGCAAAAGGGGUUGACUAAAUGGUCUCUAAAAAUAUACACUUUAGUUAUUAAAAGUCAUUUCCAGUAUGAAUUUUCACCUCCAUAUUUUAAAUAACAAAAGUAUGGCAAUGUGUUUAUAGAAGUGGGAAGCUUAUCCUGUGGUUUAUAAUGACGAACUGUUUCUUAAACCAGUGAAGACUGUUGAGGUACUCAAAAGUGAUGUCAUAUGCAAAUUGCUAACAUAGUUGUGGUUUUAGACUGUCAAAAUGCUGCAACCUGCUGACCAACAUACUGUUUAUUUUGCACUGACAAACUCUUUGAAGGGUUCAAUAAACUAAAAUGCAGAACUCGCCUGCAUUUAAGCAUA